GCUCAUUCUGUGGAUAACGGUUGCUAAGUUCCCACUAUUUACGGUAAUUGUCGGAAAUGUCGUAAGAAUCGCAGCUGAUAUAAGGACGUGGUUUGUUCCGGUGAAAAGUGGAUUUUGCUCCCUCAAGACAGACCGUGCUAUGGCGGAGGUGUCUGUGUUUUAAUCUAUCUAUGUAUAUAUUUUAAGGUAUCAGUGUUUAAUAUAUUAAUACAAUGAGACGUCUGUGUUAUCCUUUUAAAAAGUCGGCACUAUAACGCAUUUGCUAGCUGCCUUGCUCGCCAUCGACUGAAGAAACAAUGCAGGCCUAACUAGCAUCUGUAGCUGCUAGCGGAAGCUAAUCGGAUAACGCUGGACCAGCAUACUGCAGUGGGAUUUAAACCUUGGACUGAGCUGUUUUUCGACGCUGUAAUAACAUCUAUUCCGCUAUGAGCUCUCAGCUGCAGGUCUUCUCGCCUCCUUCCAUCUCCUCCAGUGCCUUUUGUCGAGUUAAGAAGCUAAAGGUGGAGAGCAAUGUUUGGGAUGUGUCCACCACUGAAGCUUACAGUUCUGUAGCGGGACAGUCGGCGUACACCUUUACCCCAGCCAUGGCGGUGCCACCUUUCGCUCCAUCCCUGGUCUUCCCACCUACAGCUCCUGGCUCCAGAGGCCAAGUGGUGGUGCGGGCGGCUGACAGCACCGGCAGUCUUCCCCGCGGUUCCAGUCGGCGUGUCACUGAGCAGGCAGCGUCUUCCACUUUUUCCCAUGCUGAGACGUCCUCUGAAGCGAGGAGUCACAGACAUGGCCAGAAGAGGAAGGUUGAGGAGGUCAAUGAGGGCAGCGGGAGUGGAUGUGGUAGUGUCCAAAUACUAGAGGAACUCUCAGCUCCCGCAGCAACUUACUCCACUCGUACAGGUGGUGGGGGAGGAGGCGGCACAGGCCAGUCUAUACCGCACUCUGCUCCAACCACCAAGAGCAGCAGCUCAAAUGGUGAGGGGGAUUAUCAGCUGGUGCAACAUGAGAUCCUCUGCUCCGUGUCCUGCAGCUACGAAGUGUUGGAGUUUCUGGGAAGAGGCACAUUUGGACAGGUGGCUAAAUGCUGGAAAAGGGGAACGAAUGAAAUUGUGGCCAUCAAGAUCCUCAAAAACCACCCUUCAUAUGCUCGCCAAGGCCAAAUUGAGGUUGGCAUUCUCAAUCGGCUAAGUGCAGAAAACGCAGACGAAUACAACUUUGUGCGCUCUUAUGAAUGCUUCCAACAUAAAGGUCAUACCUGCCUGGUGUUUGAGAUGCUCGAACAGAACCUGUAUGACUUUCUCAAGCACAGCAAGUUCAGCCCACUCCCUCUGCGACACAUAAGACCAAUCCUGCAGCAGGUGGCUACAGCUCUGAUGAAGCUGAAGAGCCUGGGUCUAAUUCAUGCCGACCUGAAGCCUGAGAACAUAAUGCUGGUCGAUCCACUGAGGCAGCCAUACAGGGUGAAGGUCAUUGACUUUGGCUCAGCGAGUCAUGUGUCUAAGGCUGUCUGCUCAACCUAUUUACAGUCCCGCUACUACAGGGCUCCUGAGAUCAUUCUGGGUCUGCCGUUCUGUGAGGCCAUUGACAUGUGGUCUUUAGGCUGUGUGAUAGCGGAGCUGUUCCUGGGUUGGCCUCUUUAUCCUGGAGCCUCUGAGUACGAUCAGAUCCGAUACAUUUCUCAGACUCAAGGCCUGCCAGCAGAGUACCUGCUGAGUGCUGGCACCAAGACUAGCCGCUUCUUCAACCGUGGGCCUGACUCUAGCUACCCACUUUGGAGGCUGAAGACUCCAGCAGAGCAUGAAAUGGAGAUGGGUAUCAAGUCUAAAGAAGCAAGAAAGUAUAUCUUCAACUGCCUGGAUGACAUGAUGCAGGUGAACCUGUCCUCUCAUCUCGAAGGGACAGACAUGUUGGCAGAGAAGGCUGAUCGGCGAGAAUUUAUAGAUCUCUUGAAGCGGAUGCUCCGCCUGGAUGCCGACAAGAGGAUCACACCCACUAAAACUCUCGGCCACCCCUUUGUUACAAUGAGCCAUCUUAUGGAUUAUCCCCACAGCUCCCAUGUGAAAUCAUGCUUCCAGAACAUGGAGAUCUGCAAACGACGGAGCUCCUAUGAUAGUAGUAAAUCCUUGUACUCAACCAAUGCAGUACCUAGUGCUGCAGCAGGUAACCUCACAGUUACCUUUAGUAGCCAACUCAACCAGCAUAACCAGGUGCCUUCAGCAGGAGGGGCCGUGCCUUUGCUCAACUACCAGCCAGCUCUUUACCAGCAGGCAACAAUCAACAUUCCUGGGCUUGCUCAACAGAGUGUCCCAAUUCCAACACGUCCUGCUGGGCUGUGUAGCCAGACAGAACCCUUCCAGCAGACUCUCAUCGUCUGCCCACCCUCCACAAUUCAAGGGCUUCAGCCAUCCAGUAAGAGUUCCAGUUUCCCUGUUCGGAUGGAGAACUCUGUACCCAUAGUACCUCAGACCCAGUCUGCUCAGUCAUUGCAGAUUCAGCCAAGUAUGCUCACACAGGGUUCCUGCACACCCCUGAUGGUGGCCACCCUCCACCCACCCUCAGCAGGCUUAGCCCCCCAGUAUUCUCUGCCUCUCGGGCUGGGCACUGGGGUGGGGCGGCCCACCCUCCUGGAGCACACAGCCACAGUGCUGCAGGCAUGGCCCACUGGCACCCAGCAGAUCCUCAUACCAUCAUCAUGGCAGCAGGUCCCCGGCAUGGCCAUCCACAGCUCAGCCCACCAGUCCAAUGUGGCUGAAUCCCCUCUGGACUCACUUCACUCGGACACUGCCACACAGCAGGGUCAUGGCUGGAGAAGUGCAGCACAAGCCAGGACACAGCAGGAGAGAAAGAAGGUGAAAGCCAGACGUGGCGAGAACAGAAACAGGGGUGCAUCGUUACUCAGCAGUAAUGGCAUUACCCCGCCCACCUCCAGCACCACCUUGUCCCAGCCAAUCAUCAUCUCCGAUACGCCGAGCCCAGCAGUCAGCAUCAUCACUAUUCACAGUGACACAGACACUGAGGAUGAGCGCAAAUUUCAUCCUGCCAGUGUCAGUCUGAGCCAGAGGACUAAUGUUAUCAGCUGUGUGACGGUGCACGACUCGGACUCAUCUACGGCCAGCCCACUGACUCCUCUGCCACGUACACACAUCCCAGCUGGCACCAUGUCAUCACGCCAGGCCAAGUCUCUGGCAGUGGUAGCACCUUCAGUCAAAACUCAGGGCACUGAGAGAGGAGCAGUGUCUCGUAGCCGCAUAGAGACUGUGAACUACAUAAAGCCUAAGAGAUCAUCCAAUCGGCAGCCCUGCAGUUCAGGGGAGAGCAUGGAGCGUCAUGGACUAACGCAGAGCCAGUCUCAUCCCUUAAACCUCAGCCAGGUUCAGUCGGUGGUGUCCUCAUCUCAGGAGCGAUCAGGGGUUUCCCACAGUGACUCGUCUUUGCGUCGCCAGCAGACAUUCCCUCCGGCCGUUUCAGCCUCUCACUACAACUUCCCUGAGGUGUCGGCCCUGGCGUCCGUGUCGGCCCCGGGCCCCAGCCUGUACAGCUACCCGGCCUCCACGGCCCUCUCCUCGGCGUCUCAGGCCAUGGAGCAGCUGAUGGGCCGGGGCCACAGCAGCCACGGACACUCCCCCUCCGCCUAUGCAGCAACAUACACCUCAUCCUCCGCCUCCAGGAGAGACUCGGCCAGUCGCAAGGACUCUGUGAGCAGUCUGCUGCACAGCCUCCCUGCAGCGUACCAGCACCAGUUUGCCGCCGGGUCACCCUACGUGAGUGUGACGCCGCGGGCCGAGGCUUACAGUGCCUACCAGCUCAGCCCCAGGCGCCUGACACAGUACCCCUACCUAUAAGGAGUCUAGACACAGAAACACACUUCCCUGCUUCUACCACAAAGGGACAGUUUCUAGUCAGUAGAUAGAGGGGGGGGGGUUUGGUCACUUGUUUGAUUUGCAAGACGGCAUUUCACCUCCAACUCAUUUACAUGAUCUUCAGACAGAUUUAGUGUUUUUGAAAUGUACUUUAGUAUUAUUUGAUAUGUUAUCAGUUUAUUUUCCCUCGAAAAAUACUUUGUUUAUAUCCUAUAUUUUAUCCCCAUCUUAUCCAGAUGUACAAUUAAGGCAUUGUGGUAAUUAACUGUAUUUACACCUGUUUAUCUCCAGGUUUGUUUUGUGUGAAGAGAGAUUUCUCCUGUCACAAGCUGCGACGACACUUUAGCUUCUAGACACCCAACUCACAGAGCUAGGUGAGGCCAAGCCCACAAAUCCAGUAACAAGUUAUUUUGUUUUAUAUGAGCCUUGUUACAAAGUUUUCACACUAAUCUAAUGAGUCCCUGUGUUUUUAGCUAACAUAAUACUGAUGACUGGACCUUACCCAUGUCUAACCAUGUUGUUUACCCACAAAUGUGUCUUUUACUAUGUUUAAAUUAUGUUUUGUCUGAGAGGUAGGAAGGAGAAGGUCCAUAAAGAUGUCAAGAAAAGGUUUUUAAGCUGAGAAAGACGUGGUGAAACUGUGAUGGAUCAAUGUUUUAUUUAAGUGCACAUGUGAUAGUCUGUAAAUGUAGUGUGUAGGCUGGAUUAAUCAUCCUUAUGCAAUAGAAACCCUUUUUAAACUGCAUCAACUGAGUGCUGAAUGUAUUUAUGAAGUACAGAGGUGUGUGAUGACCAUCCUGAGGACUGACAUAAUAAGGUUUUUGUAUUAGUUUGUCUAGGAAAAAUCUCUACUUUUUCCUCCUUGAAAUAUGAAAAUGCUGUUUUUGCAUGGGCGUAAAAAUACUAUAUCUGUGAAUCCUGCCCUAGACAGGUAAGUGUGUAGGACCUACUCACUAUUACAUAUGGAUUUAUGGCCAGUUUGAACCGUUUUUAUGGAUGUAAAAAAAACCAAACUAAAAAUUAAAUGAAAAUGUAUCCUGUUCUCCUUUUAGGCCAUUUGGAAAAACACCCCAAGGAAGUUAUGAAAACAUGCCAGACUACUGGAAAGAGUGAACAAUGGAAAUAUGAGUAGGCGUUUUGUGCGUUCAAGUGUCAGUAACUUAAUGGCUGACAAUCCUGUUUUGCAAUUAUGUCUCAUACCAGCGUUCAGUCGAAGGUGGUGCCGUCCACUAAACAUACCAAAAAAAAAAAGGUAAAAAAUCAGCUGAUUAAAUAUGGUGUGUUCAGAUUUCUUUUACACACACAUUACUACAGUGUGGACACAAUAGCCACAGUGUGUGAGUUGAGCUGUUUGUGUGCGAGCAGCUUUUCCUGCACCGUCUUUAGUUCAAGGAGGUGAACCUCGGGAUGGUUACUGUGGUUACGAAAGCUUUUUACUAAACCCUUCCUGUUGUGUUUUGCAUCAGUUUUGUGUUGUAUUGUCUGAAUAUUUAACUGUAUUUCAUCUUAACAUAGUAUAGUUAAGAGGCUAUUUGGUAGAACUAAUUCAGGGAAAAGGUUUCGGCUCAAAUAAUCCACUGUCACUGUUUUCAAUAAAAAUAACCACAAAUUC